AUGGUACAUCCAAAUAGUAACAAUAAACAACAAUCACAACAACAACAAGAUCAAAAUAACAAGAUCAAAAAGAGAGAUUUUAGAAAGAAUCGUCCGCCUCCAACAACCAACAAUGACGCCAAGAAUAAAGAUAAUGUAGUUAGUUUUGACGACCAAGGAAAUCAAACAACAACAAAAUCAAACAACUAUAACAAUAACAAUAACAGCUAUAACAAUAACAAUAGAAAUAAUAGUUAUAAUAAUAAUCGUGGUGAUGAUUAUUCAAGUUCAUAUGAAAACAAAGGAGGUUAUAAUAACAAUAGAAACAAUAAUAAUAGUUAUAAUAAUAGAAACAACAAUUAUAACAACAAGGGUGCUGCUACAGGAGAUAGAUUUAAUCAAAACAAAUAUUCAAAUCAAUUUAAAGAUAACAAUAGAAACAAUAAUAGAUUCUCGAAAGAUACCAGAUCUGGUACCUCUACUACCCCAUCUACCUCUACAUCUACUGAACAACAAGAAAGAUAUAUACCAAAAAAAGUAUAUGAACAAAAGACAGGUAUUAAAGUAGACACUGCAGUAAAGAGUGACAAGAUAUUGGAUCAAAUCAAUGAUGAACAAGUCAAUAAGAGAGUGUAUGGAGAAGACACUGAAAAGGUGGUAGAGUUGGUUCCAGUCGAUUUCACGUUGGAUGAGAACAAGAUUGUUGGUGGUUUCUCGAAAUUCUUUUUGCGUGGUCUUGUAGAGAGCGAAGUUGCCGUGACUCAAGACACUGAAUUUGUGAUUGAAGGUACUAUUAAUGACGACAAGACCUUUAUUGGAGACAGCAAGAUUCCUAUUGUCGGUGAUGGAGAACACUCGGUUUUGGCACCAGAAUUCAAUACCUAUCUCACCGAGACGAACCUCUAUACACCCAAUUAUCUCCAACAACAUCUUUGGCCAUUGGCGCUGACCGGUCAUGAUUUGAUGGUCAUCUCACCACCCGGCUCUGGCAAGACUAUUGGGUUCCUCCUCCCACUCGUCCCACACAUUCAACAUAGAAUGUCUCAAAAGACGCUGGUUGCCAAGAGUCCAGUGGCUCUGAUUGUUUUACCAACCCGUGAGCUUGCUCAACAAGUCUAUCGUAGUGCUAUCCCAUUGAAACGUCAUUUCGGUAUCUCUGCAGUUCCCAUCUAUGGUGGUGUCGAUCCAAAACCACAAAUCGAGUUGCUCAAAAACACUCCUCACAUUCUCAUUGCCACACCAGGUCGUCUAUUGGAUUUCAUUCAACAAGAUAUUAUUAGUCUCAAAGGUGUCACUGUUGCCGUACUCGAUGAAGCCGACAAAAUCCUAUCUAUGGGUUUCAUGCCACAACUCGUUCAAAUCCGUUCCCAAAUUCGUCCCAACGCCCACAUUAUCCUUUCCUCUGCAACCUUUAGUGCUAAAUUGGAACAAAAUUGGUUAUCCUCUCCUUCAAUUAAAUUAAGAAUUGGUAAAAAUGAAUUACCUGAUCAAUCAAAUAUUAAACAACAUUUAAUUUAUGUUAAAUCAUCGAAAAUGUCACAAAAGUUUGAAACUAGAUUAAAAGAAAUUAUUAAACAAGGAAAGAAAAUUAUUGUAUUUUUUAAUCAAACUGCAAAUUUAAUAACAAUUAGUAAAUUAUUAAAAAAGAGUAAUAUUAAUCAUAGUAGUUUAUUUGGAAAGAAAACACAACAUGAACGUGAUUUGGUGAUUGGUUAUUUCAAGAAUAAUGCAAGUGCCAAGUUGUUGUUGUGUACCGAUGUGGUUGGUAGAGGUAUUCAUAUUGAUGAUUUGGAUGUUGUAUUUAAUUAUCAAUUACCUACCAGUCUUGAACAAUAUUGUCAUAGAAUUGGUCGUGUCGGUAGAAAUGGAAGACAAGGAUGUAUUGCCUAUUCCUUUGUCACUGUUUCCAACAAGACUAUCCUUCCAGACCUAGUACAAUACUUGGAAACCAAUGGAAACAAGGUAGAGAAUGACUUUAAAAAGAAUAUCAACCUCCAAUUGGGUCUCAACUUGGAUAUUCCAAUUAGCAAGAAUCAAAUUGAACGUGAAGAAAUUGCUAAAAAGAUUCAAACUGAAAAGAAUGAAAGAUUAGAAAGAAGAAAACAAAGAGAGGAAACUGAAUCUGAACAAAAAAUGGAUAUCGACAAGGAAAAAAAGGAAAAAAAGGAUGAAAAGAAAGAUGAAAAGAUGGAUGAUUCAAGUGAUAGUGAUUCAAGUUCAUCAUCAUCAUCAUCAUCAGAAGAAGAAGAAGAAGAUGACUCAAGUGAUUCCAGCUCAUCUGAUGAUGAUUCAAGCUCAUCUGAUGAUGAUUCAAGCUCAUCUGAUGAUGAUUCAAGCUCAUCUGAAGAUGAAUCAAGCUCUAGUUCAAGUUCCGAUGACUCUAGUUCAGAAUCAAGUUCAUCAGAUGAUGAUGAUGAUUCAAGUUCAGACUAA